AUGCAAUUCUCAACGCUAGAUCUUUUGAUUUGCUCUACUUGUGGUGUUCAGUACGACGUUAGUGCAGGAUUGAACUCAUGCAAAAUCUGUGAUGAUCCUCGUCAAUAUGUACCUCCAACCGGUUGCCUUGGAGCUAACGUAGCAUUCAGCCAAUCUUGGACAUCGCUCAAGAGCUUACACUCAUCCACGGAGAAUUAUCGGAACGUUUUCUCCACUGAUCAAAACAACCCCAACUUAAUUACUAUACACACUGUCCCAAAGCUUGCUAUCGGUCAAAGGGCCUUCCUCUGUCUCGGCGAUGCUGUGUCUGGGAAUGUUCUGUGGGACUGCAUUACUUAUAUCGACGAGGAAACGGUUCGGCACGUGAACUCACUAGGCGGAGUUCAGGCAAUUGUGGUUUCGCAUCCACAUUACUUUUCCACCAGUGCUCAGUGGGCCGAGGUGUUCAAUUGUGAUCUAUUUGUAUCUGCAGAAGACGAGCAGUGGCUUGGAAACAGGGGUGACGGCCACAGGCUGAAACUUUGGAAAGGAGAGCAACUCCAUCUUCCCUGUGCUCGAAGUUCCAGUGAAAUGCAGCAUGGGUCAGACCUAAUUGUGAUUAAAGCGGGAGGGCAUUUCCCUGGAAGUUCGGUUCUCUGGUGGAAGUCCACGAAAAAGUUACUGAUUGCUGACACAAUUUUGAUUGUUCCGAGCGGACUUUACCAUGUCAAUCGCCUCCCUGGUACUUCUUCUUUCACGUUCAUGUGGUCCUAUCCAAAUUAUGUGGGUCAUAAUAUUCACCAAGCCGUUUACAUGUGGCUUACUACCUUACAGAUAACUCUUCCUCCAGACGAGAUAUAUGGUAUUUGGAGAGCUAUCAAGGACCUCGACUUUGAGGAUACUCAUGGUGCCUUCCUAGGACAAGAGAUUAGAGGCAACAGCAAAAGCAGGGUACUCGAGAGCGCAAAAAUUGUGCUUAGGGCUUCUGGUCAUCUUCAGCAUCCGUUGCUGGACGAAGUCUAG